AUGGCCGGCGAGGACGACACAGAUGUCAACGAGGCCUCGGAUAACGAGGCUGCGGACUCCGACAAGGCCACGGAGGCCGCCAGCCCGGCCGCGUCGUCGGCAGAGGCCGAGCAGGCCAAGACAAAGAAGGCCAAGAAGGCCAAAGAGGCCAAGAAGGCGAAGGAGGCCGAGUCGUCCGACGCAGAGGACUCCGACAAGGAGGCCAAGCCGUCGGACUCCUCCGACGAGGCGGGCGGCAAGCAGCAGGACGGAUCCAGCCGAGGAGGGCGGGGACGACGAGGACGAGGCGUCGACCGCCUCUGCGGAGUCCGGCACCAAGAAGGGCGCCAAGAAGGCGCCCGAGAAGGGGCCCGUCGCGGCGGCCAGGGCCAAGCUGGGGAAGGUCGCCGCGGAACUGGACCAGGCCAAAAAGGCGGCCGAGUCCUCCAAGGCCAGCGCGCUCAAGGCCGCCAAGGAGCUGAAGGAGGCCGAGUGGGCGCGCGACGCCGCCAGGGCGGAGCUGGAGGCCGCAGCCGCCCCCGAAAGGGAGUCGGAGGACGCCAGCGCAGGCUCCGCCUCGGAGGGUGA